AUGGUCUCAGCGAAUAAAGCCAUAAACGCUAAACUUAUAAUCGAAUGGUUAGGCACUGGAGAAACUAACAAGCUCUUGAGCGGUAAGGUUCAUUCGUACGAAAUCACCGUUGGCAGCAUCCAAAUGCACACAUCUGCAGCCAAUAAGCGAGAACCGAAAAACAUUGACGAUGUGGAUACCGAAGAACUGAGGACUGCGCACGCAUGUAUAUCCGAAUCAGACCUUACUACCGCAAAAGAUUUCGUGAUAAUAAAUCUGUCAAAAGAAGGACCAAUAGAAGUGGAAAAAGCUUUAAAGGAUGCAGAGCAAGAUACCACACCAUUGAUUGAUGCUAAACCUUCACAUUCAGAAUCUCAAAUGAAACAAGUUCAAGAUCUUGUGGUCAGUUACCUUCUUUUCACAUUUGCAAACAUUGCAGUUAUAGAAAUACGAGAUCUUUGCUAA